AUGUCGUCGGGUAAUCCUAGUCAGUCGCCUUUCGAUGUACCAUUUGAUGAGCUGCCGAACCCAAAGCAAAUAUGGGUUGGCAAGCCAGGAAGCCGCGAAGAAGGAUUAGGGAAGCUUGCGAUCUUGACCCCCGAGGUGGUGGCCAAUGCUGCUGCCACUGAAAUCAAGACCGGGCGACGGGUGACGAUGGGUUGGGAACUGACCAAGUUGGAUUAUCCUAAUCUGAACCGUCAACCAUGCCACCAUCAGAUCAUUCCGCUUUUGGGCGGUGUGGCUUUCGACGAUGUCUAUACCAUGAAUCCUCAACAAAGUAGCCAGUGGGAUGGUCUGCGGCAUUUUUCGCAGACGGUUGAGGGCCAAACUGAGCGUGUGUUCUAUGGUGGCGCAAGCGUCGAGGAAAUCAAUGAUCGAACGAACAAUCGGAUCGGCUUGCAGCAUUGGGCCAAAGAAGGGAUUGCUGGUCGCGGGGUAUUGAUCGAUUAUGCCACAUGGGCAGAAAAGAGGGGAAUCAGAUACAGCACAUUUUCGACACAUCAAAUCCGGCUUUCAGAUAUCAAGGAAAUUGCCAAGGAGUGUGGCAUUACUCUUCAAAAGGGCGAUAUACUUUUUGUUCGCAUUGGAGUGACGAAGGAAUGGGAUACCACCAUGACAGAUGACCAGAAGCGGCAAUACUCGGACAAUCCGAGCCCGGAGCAUGCAGGUGUCGAGGCAACUACGGAUGUGCUGCGAUGGCUUUGGGAUACCGGGUUCGCCGCGAUUGCCAGCGAUGCAAUUAGUUGGGAGGUUUACCCACCCCAGUCGCCUGAUUUGUUCCUGCAUGAGUAUGUACUUGCGGGCUGGGGCAUGCCAAUCGGAGAGCUGUUUGAUCUAGAAGCACUGUCUCAAGUUUGCCAAGAUCUCCAGCGCUGGUCUUUCUUUGUGGCAUCUAUCCCCUUGAACAUGCCCGGAGGGGUAUCUUCACCCCCCAACAUCAUGGCUAUAUUCUAAGCCGGAUCUACCGACAGCGCUUUAGUUUGGGGCCAAACCGCUUGUACACGACAGCCACGGACGCUAAAAGCGGAUCAUAUUUUCCGAAUUUCCUUCUCCCAUAUUCGUGACGAAAUUCUGGAGGUGGAGACCUUCAAAGGCUACACAUAGCCGAGAUGGAAAUAAGGAGGGACAAAUGGAAGUGGGGAUGAAGUGUGUAGUAAGUGCGCUUAGAAUAAGCG